AAUUUGUGUGCGUUCGACGUGUCUACUUAAAUAAGUUUUUCCCCUUGUUUUCAUGUGGUUUUCCUCGUUUAGGGUCAGGGGGUUGAUGUACGGUGGACGUGUUGAUUAUGUCUUUUAGAUCGGGCGACCACCCUUUUUCCAUACGUAAGAGACAGUCAAGGCUUUUAUCUUGGGUCGAAAUACCUUUAGGCCUGGGAAGAAUGGGACUACCAGAUAAUGCAUCGUAUUUCAAGGACACCGAUCAGAAUUUCGAUUAUAUGUUCAAACUGCUGAUCAUCGGCAACAGUUCGGUCGGUAAGACAUCCUUCCUCUUCCGUUACGCGGACGACAGCUUCACGUCCGCCUUCGUCAGCACCGUUGGCAUCGACUUCAAAGUCAAAACCGUAUUCAGGCACGACAAGCGGGUCAAACUACAAAUAUGGGAUACUGCCGGACAAGAAAGAUAUCGAACAAUCACGACGGCCUAUUACAGAGGAGCGAUGGGUUUCAUCCUAAUGUAUGACAUUACCAAUGAAGAAUCAUUCAAUAGUGUACAAGACUGGGUAACACAGAUUAAAACUUAUUCAUGGGACAACGCCCAAGUAAUUUUAGUAGGCAACAAAUGCGACAUGGAGGACGAAAGGGUAAUUAGUUUCGAGCGUGGCAAACAACUUGCGGAACAACUGGGCGUCGAGUUCUUCGAGACCAGCGCCAAGGAAAACAUAAACGUCAAGGCAGUCUUCGAGCGACUGGUGGACAUAAUCUGCGACAAGAUGUCAGACAGCCUGGACACGGAUCCGACAUUGAUGAGCGGCGGGGCCAAAGGACAAAGAUUGACGGACCAGCCGCAAGGACCUCAGGCGGCCAACUGCAACUGCUAAUAACCCCCUCAUAUACAGCCCCCUUCCCCACAACUGUCCCUUCCCAAUAAAAAAAAUGUUUUCGCCCACUUCAAACUCUACUACUAUUAUCUACAUGAAUAGGGAUGUUUUUUUGGUUCUAUUGUUGACGACCAGGUUUUAAGGUUUAGAAAUAAUCAACGGUUUACUUUGAUCGAGACUGACAAUACGCAUACGCAUGUGUAUAUUGCAGAAUAAUUGAAAAAAGACGUUUACAUUUCUAUAUAUUGUUGCGUGCGUCUGUAUAAUAAAUAUAGCCUUUUUUAUACUCGAGGUAUAACGUUUAAGAUUCGUUUCCCGGUACGGGGAGGACGCCUCGGGAUUCUCUUCGGCUGCACUUUCUCUUCUAUCGCAAACUAAUCCAACGAAUCAGGAAUUAAAGUCGUCUUAAAAUUUAUACCUUCCUGAAAAAAAAAACCAAAAAUACACAAUCUCAACCAUACAAACAUACAAAUACUAAAAACAAUGUCAAUAUUAGAAUGUUGUAGAAUAGAGAAACGGAAGUUGGUACAUUUUUGAAGAGGUGGUCUGGACCAAUUAUGCAAGCGCAAGUCCAGCCGCAUGUUUGUAAAUAUUUGUUAUAUCUCAACCAAAAAAAAGCAAACUGUUAGUUACUCACUGAUUAUCCCCGUUUAUUUUUACACGAUUGUACCGUUUUUUAUUAUUAUUAUGCGCUCUGUUGUUAAUUUGUGUGGACAUAUCUCUGGCCUAAGCGGCACAAAUAUGAUUGUUUUAGAAAAAUGUGUUGUUGUAAUAACUGUAGAACGAUUAAAAGUGGUUAGAAAAGCUUACAAGUAAAAUAUAAUUAAAGAAACCAGACGCGAAUGUAGCAAAAUAUUAUAUUCAAAUUUGCAAAUACCAUCAGAAUAUAUGUGAAAUUUGUAAAUAUAGGAAAUGUGUGUGUUGUUAAGGAUUUUUAUUUUAUAAAUAUUGUUAUAAAUCUGUUGACGGUUGGCUUUCCCCGAUUAUCUUAUAUUUUUAACCAAAACCAUUCACAAAAAGACAAUUAAAAUUACUUAUUUCGUAUUUGAAUCGACGGAGAAAUUUUAUAUCUACGACACCUACAUUCAUACUUUCUACGUACAUAUUCCUUAGCCAAACUUUGACAAAAAAAAACGGUAGCGUUAGUAGUUAUAAAUGUCUCUUGUACUGGUUCAAAUAAACGGCAAAAUUUAUUUGCAACCAGAUGAAACACACCUAUAUAAUAUAUGAAUGUUAUAUGUUAUUUCUGUCCGUUUUGGACGCCUCUCCUCCCAGAUCUGUGCCUCAUCAAGUAAAACACACAUCAGGAAUGGGUUUAUUGAAGGACAGGCUAAAACAUGGAAUAAGUAAAGACAAUUUCGCACAUUCACUUGCUUUUAUAUAUUCAGGGAUGUCAUUGCUGAACAUAUAAAUCCAGAUACGGAUACAAUGGUUAUUUCUUUAUGGUAUAUGGACUGUAAAUUAUGUUAUUUUGUGAAUCAUUAAUGUAAAAUAAAUAGUGUAUAUGCCUCA